AUGGUUGACAGAAUGACAGAUCGCAGAAUAGAGUAGAACAAACUGGUGGGGUUUUUUGUGUGGUUAUUGUUUUGUACAACAAUAUAAACGCAAUAAUUGUCGAAUGUACAAGUCCAUUUUAUUGCAUUUAUGUGUGCUCAGUGAAAUAUACUUAUCAACUGAAAGAAUUAACUUCUAUGAACUCAAAAAGCGAAACUGACGAAGCUUCAAGGGGGAACGAAGCGUCAUCGUCAAAUAGUAACACAGCCCCAACCGAAAGUCAGUCUACUUCAGGUAUAUGUGCGGACAAAAACUCAAACUCUGGUGAGGACAUUAUGAAGCGAGCUGCUGCAAAACAGUUGAUCGAGAGAUACUUCUACCAGCUGUUGGACGGCUGCGGAAACCCAAACUGUGACAAUCAGUACUGUGCAUCUAGCGGAGAGGCCCGAAAUCUGACACCAAAUGAAGCCGCAGCGGAGGCAAUAAAGCUGUUCUAUAAGGAGGCGCGGCUCUGUGACAGCCUGCCCAACAAGGUGCCUCGCACUGAGACAAGCCCUUGCGACUCCACCAGGUGCCUCGCACUGAGACAAGCCCUUGCGACUCCACCAGGUAAUACUAAUAUUAAAUCUGACACCAAAUUAGCCGCAGCGGAGGCAAUAAAGCUGUUCUAUAAGGAGGCGCGGCUCUGUGACAGCCUGCCCAACAAGGUGCCUCGCACUGAGACAAGCCCUUGCGACUCCACCAGGAGGCGCGGCUCUGUGACAGCCUGCCCAACAAGGUGCCUCGCACUGAGACAAGCCCUUGCGACUCCACCAGGUAAUACUAAUAUUAAAUCUGACACCAAAUUAGCCGCAGCGGAGGCAAUAAAGCUGUUCUAUAAGGAGGCGCGGCUCUGUGACAGCCUGCCCAACAAGGUGCCUCGCACUGAGACAAGCCCUUGCGACUCCACCAGCCCAUCAUCAGCAUGCACAGAGAAAGAGAGGCGGAGCCAUGAUGAGAAGGCUGAGCUAGCCAGCUCGAGCGCCACAAGCUCCCGACAGGCAACUAGUCACAAACAGGACGAGUUCAAAACUAGUCACAGCAAUGGCGCACCAUUGACAGAGGAGCAUAUAUACAAGUUGUGUGAUGAGUGUCUGGAGACCAAAGCGCCUGAGCCUCUCAUAAGAGCACUAGGCGAAGCGUUCACACAGCCAGCCAUUCUAGCCCGGUGUUUCCAGGGCAAGCCUCACGCAGACAGUAGUAAUGGGGAAGGAAAUACUAAAGGAAACAAAGAAACGAAAGCCAUGUGCUCGUCGGGGGACCCGGACAAGGACGUGGACAGCCUGCGCCCCGCGCUCGACGUGGCGGCCUGCCGCCGCGCCUUCCACUACCUCGCUAAAGUGCCAUCAGAAUACUACAGCUCAGCUUUAGUGACCGCCCUGACGACCCUCGCCGAGAACAUGGAGAUAGACCUGCGGAUAACGAAGAAGAUGAGCGACGAGGACAUCGUCAACUGCUUCGUGAUCGCCUUCGAAGUACCGGACCUCGGCUGCAGUGACUACCUGGAAAUAGCGCUGCCUGCGUUAUGCCAUGCGGCCAAACAUCUGCCUGUCAAAACACAAGCAAAACUGGCACGUAUGUGGGCGCAGCACUGCAAAGAAAGUCUCCGCCACAUACUGGAAACUUUACAGCAACUCAUCACGCUACGCAUAAUAUCCACCAACUACACGAGAAACUUCCAAGUGCAAGACGAUGAAAGCGUCACCAUGGCGACCAAACUCAUGAAGAUAGUCUAUUACGCAAAUAUGAUCGGCGGUGUAAUGGAGUCCAGCUCACUUCGCGAAGAACCUGUCUCUGUUCCUCAACAACUAGAUCCACUAGGGGAUGCUUUAGACCACCUUUACCCCCUAACGUCCAUCAAGAGCAAAACCCACCAGCACACAGACCCACUAGGAAUUGAAUUAGGUGUAAAUGUAUUAGACGCUAGGAAGCCCUACCUGCCAUUCGAGGAGUUCUACAAUGAGCCCCUCAGUGAUACUAUAGAAAUGGAUAAGGACUAUGCUAAUUAUAGGACAGAAAUUAGUAAUGGUAAAAAAUUCGCCUUUCUAAAAUACCCGUUCAUCCUGACGGCGGCGACCAAGUCCCUCGGGCUGUACUACGAGAACCGCAUCCGGAUGUACUCGGAGCGGCGCGUGUCGCUGCUGCACGCGGUCGUGGGCGCCGCGCCGCCCAUGCCGUAUCUCAGGCUUAAAGUGCGCAGGACGCAUAUCAUCGACGAUGCCUUGGUGGAGUUGGAGAUGGUGGCAAUGGAGCGAGUCCUGGACUUCAAGAAGCAGCUCGUGGUGGAGUUCGAGGGCGAGCAGGGCUUGGAUGAGGGCGGCGUCAGCAAAGAAUUCUUCCAGCUCAUCGUAGAAGAGAUCUUCAACCCCGACUACGGCAUGUUCACGCAGCAGUGUGACAAUGGAACAGUGUGGUUCAACCCAUUAUCCUUCGAGACGGAAGCCCAGUUCACCCUAAUUGGUAUAGUACUGGGCCUGGCCAUAUACAAUAAUGUGAUACUACCCGUCAACUUCCCCAUGGUCGUGUACCGGAAACUGAUGGGAAAGAAAGGCUCAUUCGAGGAUCUGUCUGACUGGAACCCUAUUUUAUACUCCGGUCUAAAAGACAUGCUGGAAUACCACGAUGACGACUUAGAAGAAGUAUACUACCAGACCUUCAGGAUAUGCCAUCGGGAUGUGUUCGGCAACGUCAUCUUCCAUGAUCUUAAAGAGGACGCUGAUAAUAUCUUCGUCACGCAGGGAAACAAAAAGGAAUUCGUAGAUCUGUACGCGGACUAUUUGCUCAACAAGUCGGUGGAGAGCCAGUUCAAAGCUUUCCGGCGCGGGUUCGUCAUGGUGACGGACGAGAGCCCGCUGGCGGCGCUGUUCCGGCCCGAGGAGGUGGAGACGCUGGUCUGCGGGAGCAAGAACUUCGACUUCAACGAGCUAGAAAAAUCAACAGAAUACGACGCCGGCUACACGUCCGAGUCGCAGACCAUCAAGGACUUCUGGAGCAUCGUGCACGCGCUGCCGCCGGCCGACCAGCGGCGCCUGCUGCAGUUCGCGACGGGCUCGGACCGCGUGCCGGUGGGCGGCCUCAGCCACCUGCGCCUCGUCAUCGCGCGCAACGGGCCCGACUGCGAGCGCCUGCCCACCGCGCACACCUGCUUCAACGUGCUGCUGCUGCCCGAGUACAGCUCCCGCGACAAGCUGCAAGACCGGCUCCUGAAGGCCAUCAGCUACUCGAAGGGCUUCGGGAUGCUCUAGCUUGUACAUGAUACGACUUUAUAUUGAUUACAAUUUGUUUUAUUUAUA